AAUGUGAAGACGAAGACUGACCCAAGUAUUAUAGAAAAUUUAUUUUAACUUCAAAGGAAAAUAAUAUGAUUAAUCAAUUGAUAUAUAAUGUUCCUAAUUAUUUGGAAAGCUCAGAAUGAAUUAAGAAGAAAAUCAAAAUUCUGUAUAUAUUCCUUACAAGUUUGAACAAUCCCAAUACCUAACAAAAUCAUACAACUCCACUGCUCAAAAUGUGUGAAGCAACAAAACUCCUUUACCCAAAUCUUACUCCAUCUUUCUUUCUAUUUUCAAAAUCCCCCCUUCUUUCUUUCUUUCUUUCUACAAUCCCAAUUUUCUAUUGUCUUUAUUGCUUUGAAGCCAUCAUUAACCUCCCUUUUCCCACACUCAUCUUCUACUUCUUCCUUCGUAUUAAUACACUUCAAACUCUUCAAUUUUUCAUCAACUACUGAACCCUUUUACUGAUUGUAUUCCAAUUUCAACCUCUCACCCAUGGAGAUCAAAACCGCCGAUGAAGAAACCCAAUCUCGUAUUGAUCAGAAACAACCCCUUUUGCGAGAAACCACGUUCAUCCCAUCGAGAGAUGAAAAAACCCUCAUCCAAAAAGCCAUUUCUCAAACCUUUCGAAGCACUGCUAAUCUGGCUAAUCUUCUACCUACUGGAACUGUCCUCGCAUUUCAACUUCUUUCCCCCAUUUUCACCAAUCAAGGCAACUGCGACUCAAUUUCUCGCUACCUCACCGCCGGCCUCGUUGCUCUCUGUGGAUUGUCUUGUUUUCUUCAGAGUUUCACGGAUAGUUUCAGAGACAGUCAGGGGAAUGUUUCCUAUGGAUUCGCCACUUUCAGAGGCUUGUGGGUCAUCGACGGCUCCGUGGAACUUCCGCCGACCGUCGCGGCUAAGUAUCGGCUGAGGUUUAUUGAUUUCCUGCAUGCUUUCAUGUCGAUUCUGGUUUUCUCGGCUGUUGCUCUGUUUGAUGAGAAUGUGGUGAACUGUUUCUACCCGACGCCGUCGGAUCAGGCGGAGGAGAUUUUGACGUCUUUGCCGGUUGCCAUUGGGGUGUUUUGUAGUAUGUUGUUUGUUGUUUUUCCGACCAAACGCCAUGGAAUUGGUUUCCCUGUCUCUGCUAAUUAGCGGCGAAGUUACUAUGUGAUUCACCGAAAUUCCUCUCCGUUGCCACUAACGUGGAGUCGUAGAUACUUUGUGUCUUUGUGUGAUUCUGAUGAUUCUUUUUAUUAGUAUUAAUCAUUUUGAUAUUUCUCGAAUUCAUCAAUUUGGAGAAAUGAUUCCUUUGAAAUUCUACAUUAACAAAAUAUGCAUACAUACAUGUAUAUAUAUAUAUAUAUAUAUAUAUAUAUAUAUGAAGGAUUAAAUUACUAUUUGGUACA